AUUGAUAUGGGAUGGUGGCCUCGGAAGCGCGCAACUUUCGUAAUGUACGACGGUCGUUCGAAUGGAGCAUUUCGGAGGACAUGAGUAUGUGGCUUCUCUGCCAGGGGGGGUCGCGCAUUCUGCAACCCUCAAUUUCAAAACUAGGAAGCCGGAUUCAAAAAUCGGAAACGCUGGAGCACAGGAAUUGCAUUGGAACCCAGGGAUUGAGGAGUGAGCGCAGGGUGCAGAAACCGAAGCCUCGCAGACUGGUGGCCCCCAAGAAGGCCAGUGGAUGUGCUCACGGCUUCGCGUCAUUCAUGCGUCCUUAACGUGCACAAUGUGUUGAGAAUGCUAGAUGACGUCGUAUCGCAGUUUAUGUUAUCGCGACGCCGUCCAGGAUGUGUGCGAAAGGUUGCUUUGUCACCCCCCAUAUCUAACGUAUGGUCAGGUUUAUCAUAUUCUAUGUUACCACGCUUUCUUUGCACUUCACCUCGGCAUUUUCUAUCUUACGCUCAAAGCACGGCAGCGAACGUCCCCACACGCAAACACAGGGUAUGCCACGGUUGUCCGUAUCUGUUCAUCUUGCUUUUUUGUUUGUGCACGGAGGGUCCAUUUGCCGGUUUGACCUUGCCGAGGUUGUACUUUGCCGUUGGGUGGUUGGGGGGGUCACGCGUGGACGCUGUCUUCGUCGUCGAGCACGCCAUUUUGCCGACUCGUCCCGUCCCCUUGCGGAACUCUGUGUUUUGGGGCUUCUCGGCCACGUGUAAUUGAGCAGUGCUUGAAACCGCUAUGUCUUGCGCAUUUUGGUGCCCAACCCUGCAUUGGCCCGUUCUUCGUUUUGAAUUCAGCCGCUGCUUCCUCAAACAUCGCGCACGAGGGGGCUCUUGCUGCGACUCCUGAGGGGCGGACUUGUUGCCAGAAUUUGGGGCGGUGCGCGCUCAGAGGGUCCCGCCCACAAGGUCCCACCCAGCGGGCGCAUUGCGAGAGGCAGGGAAGGGGGGCACCAGGCGCUGCAGGACGGCCCUGCGCUUCAGUACGUGCCCGAGAAGGGCUACGGGGGCGGGAGAGGGCGCGCUCGCGCCAGAUCUGGCAUCCUACCCCUCCUCACCCAUCCUGUUUUUGUUGCCCCUUUCCUUGUCGCUGAUUGUUUCUCUACCAGCUGGCAGGUGUCAUAGCGGACCUGGAACAUUUAAAAUUAUUGCAAUGUGGUAUGAGCAAUCAGAUGGGAGCUGUGCGCAUUGUACGCUUGGAGGCGGAGGAGGAAGAUGAGGAGGUGGCGAGUGAGCAGGAGCAUGGGCAGCAUCAACGCUCUCCGCUAUUCCAUGUAGCUUAUAAUUUGCAUGCGUGAGAGCGACCUGCGGGCGAAAACUGGCCCCGCUUGGACAGAAUCGGUGGAGAUAGGGGAGUAAUACAUGCUCAGGGCGUGUGGUUCUGAGUGGACAGGGUAGGGAAAAGGAACGUCGGAGAGGCACGGGAUGUCAGGGGGAGUGGUGUUUCGCGACGCAGUUUCGGUUAUUUGUUUUCGGUUCGAAGUUGACCUGCAUCUCGCUUCCCAGGGCGUUCGCGCCAGGUCCGAAAAGUGUUUGGAGUACUGAAGCCAUCUUUUGGGCUGCCGAGGCCCAAACCAGCCCUCCAAUCACCAAAUUACAUUUUCAAACCUGAAAAAGGCCGCCCCGAAAGUCUUGACCACUGACGGUAGAUGUUGCUUUCCCGUUCUUUGUUGCCGCAGGUCUUGUACCCGCAGCCGACAGUCGAUUGGUUCCCCAACGUCGCGCGCCACCCGUCCUUCUCAGACGCCCUAUCCCCGAUUGGCUUCCAGCCGGUCUCGCAGGCGUCCUUGACGGUCAAAGUCCAGCCACGGGAAGGCCUUGAAGUUCCCGUGUCCGCGUACCCCGCGGGUGAUUCGACAUGCACGAGAGGUACCUCGGCGGCUGCCCCAGGACCUAUGGGGCAGCCGCCGUCACAAGCUUGUGAUGUCGGCGACGUGGUCAAUGUGUUCUCGCGGGGCGCUGGCCGGUGGCUGCAAUGCGAGGUGGCAAAGGUUGAAGGUGCUCGUGUGACUGUGACCCAUGCCGCGGGGCAGCUGACGCGCCGGAUCAAUUUGACGGAUCCAGACAUACGGAGCUAUUUUCGCAUCGCCUCAGAUUCCAUCAUUCCCGAAUUUACGGCAGUAGGACAAAGGCUUGCGCAUGGGUCACGAGUGGAGCGUGG